GCGCUGGGCUGCGCCGCUCGGCUGCCAGAGUCCGCGGACCGACGGGCGCUGCUGGGAAAGACGCUCUCCCACGUCCCACCUCCUGGAUGCGGAGCAGUGGGGGAACCAGACUUCCCUCCCAGAACCAAGGCAGCCAGCCGGGGGGCAGCUGCGGUGGAGGUUUCUGAGGAGACUCACUGGCUUCUUUCCCGGCUCCCUGGAGACGGCAGGAAAACUCAGGUACCUCGAGGAGAGGCAUACCCAUCCCUGGCCAGCAAGCAGCCCCCAAUCUGGAUGGAGUAAAAGAUGCGGCCUGAUGACAUUAACCCGAGGACUGGGCUGGUUGUGGCCCUGGUCAGCGUCUUCUUGGUCUUUGGUUUCAUGUUCACUGUCUCUGGAAUGAAAGGGGAGACUCUGGGAAACAUCCCUCUCCUGGCCAUCGGGCCAGCCAUCUGCCUACCAGGCAUCGCAGCCAUUGCCCUUGCGAGGAAAACGGAAGGAUGCACCAAGUGGCCGGAGAACGAGCUACUGUGGGUCCGCAAAUUGCCCUGCUUCCGGAAACCCAAGGACAAGGAGGUGGUGGAACUGCUGAGGACCCCUUCUGACCUGGAGUCCGGCAAGGGGAGCUCAGAUGAGCUGGCUAAGAAGGCAGGUCUCAGGGGGAAGGCUCUCCCACAGGGGCAGGGUGAGGCGCCUGUGGCCAGCUCCGUCACCACCCCUACACCCACGGAGGAAGGAGAAUGCCAGAGCCUGGUCCAGAGCGGACAUCAGGAGGAGACGUCCCGAUACCUCGAUGGCUACUGUCCCUCAGCCAGUUCCCUCGCCUACAGUGCCUUGGAUGCCAAGUGCUCCGCCUGGGACAGAUCCGAGUGCCCUGAGCCCGAGGACAGCAUCUUCUUUGUGCCCCAGGACAGUAUCAUCGUUUGCUCCUACAAGCAGAACAGCCCCUAUGACAGAUACUGUUGUUACAUCAAUCAGAGCCAAGGCAGGUGGGACCACGAAACUAUAGUCUAAGCUGUGCAUAAAGGUGGCUGUGCUGAUAGAAACAUGACCACUUGGCUCCCCAUGGAUGGAAAUUGCUCUGCUCCAACAGUCUUCACAUUGUUAGAAAUUGUCCUGGUAUGUGAGGGGCGUGCAAACCUCCAGUGCCUGAGAGUCAUGUAAAUAGGCAUGUUGGGGACACAUUCUAGGGCUGGGUGAUGAGGGUUAAGAACACUGGAAGAGGCAGUAAGUAGGAAAGAAAGCAGUUCCAAUUGCUUAAUUUAAACAAUGUUGAAUGUUUUAUAACAUAACCCCAAAAGUGCUAUCCAGCACCUGCUGAAAGCAAGGUAAAUCCAGAGUGUUCUGCAGAUGCCAGGCACCAGGUGACAGAAGGGCUAGCCACAGGGUCACAGGACUGCUUUAUGGCUGAAGAAAUGGGGGAAAAUGCAAUGCUCUGCUAUAUGAAAUGAUCUUUGGUGAAAAACCUUCCACUGUUAGUAUUUUCUAAAAGAAAGAAAAACCAAGCUAAAAUAGUUAAACCCUCCUUAGAUGGGAUGGUAUUUAAGAAAAGGGAAGUUAAAGACAGUUGAAUUAUGUAAUUGAGUUUUAUGGCAUUAUCCUCUGACAAGAUCUUGAUUUCAAAAUCAGUAAAAAAAAAAGUGUG